GCCCCUUUCACGGUAGCGGCAGUAGCGGUAGCGCACGUGUAUUCUCUGACGUGCACACGCUGUCGGUGCGGCUGGGGGGCCGUCAGCUCGGCACGUUGAACCGAGAGGCUUGCUGUGCGAAGCUGCGCAUCUCCGCGAUGGCCGAAGCGAUCCCACGGAAGGGGUCGCGAGGUCGGAAGUAUUGCUGUGUCGUGGGCUGCCACAACAGUACAUACAAUAGCAAGGCACGCGAUCCGCCUCUAAAACUGUAUCGGUUCCCGGGCAAGUGGUACGAGAAAGAAAGGCGAAAAGCGUGGAUCACCGCAGUAAGGAGAAUCAAUCCCGACGGAACUUUGUGGUUGCCCAAAGAGUAUACACGAAUUUGCAGCGCUCAUUUUGUAGGCAACUGCAAGAGUGACGUUAGUGGACAUCCAUCCUACAUCCCAACCAUCUUUCCCCCUGUGUACAGAAAGAAAGAACCUAAGCGGCAAAGGGCACAAAGGUGGGAAACACGCCUCAACCGGUUAGUCUCAUAUAAGAAACUUGUUACAGGAAAUGACCAGCCAUCACGAACAACAGCUGAUGGAGCAACGAUGCAAGAGUCGGAAACCUCCACUCUGGCCGAUGUACCUCGUGACUUGAAUGUAGGAGAUUUCAGCGAUGCAUCUCUGGAAACAUUCACAGCCAGUGCCUCAUACAACAGCACGAGCAAUUUGCAUCUUUUGGUGGAAGCGUGUGGAGGAGCAGAAGAAAGUAAUUGUGCUCCAAAGGAAGACGCGAUAUGCCAAACAGAGGAAUGUGUGACUCCAGGAAAACUAUCUAUAUUUCUCUCAGUGACAAAUGGCACAGAGGCAUCUACUCAAGUUGUGCACACAGAAAUGAGUCACAAGCUUGGAAGAUAAUGCUGCUGCUCUUUUAUAUACUGUGCUUAAUUGUGAUGGUGCCUUGCUGUUAGCGUACAAAGUCUUAUUUUAUUGCAAUUUACUUGCAUUAUUGGGCACUUUUUUAUUUGCUACUCCUGCCUAACAUUCUUUAUCUUAUAGUGGUGGUGCUUAUUUUCCUUCGAGAAUGGAUAAGCUUAGAGUGCAAAAUGUUAUUUUCAAUUUGUUAUUUGUCUUGCAUAAAUACGUUUUUUUUCGUUUUUUUUUUCGUGUCAUAAUGCUGUGUUUG